AUGGCCACAGAAACAACACUCAAAGCCCUUGCAAAUCUCGUCAAACUCCUCCCAACAGGAACAGUCUUCCUGUUCAUGUUCCUCAACACUUUAAUAUCUAACAAUGGUACCUGCGACACCACCGAAAAAAUCCUAAUGAUCAUUCUCAUCGCCGUUUGCGGCUUUCUUUGUGUUUUCUCUAGCUUCACCGACAGUUAUAAAGAAGGUAGCGUAACGCAGUACGGGAUUGUGACCAUUAGCGGCCGCCUUUGGCCGCAUGCAAAGGUUUCGGAUGAUUACAAGCCGAAGGUUGGUGACUUUGCUCAUGCUUUGUUAUCUUUGAUUGUGUUAGGUGUGCUGGUUCUUUUUGAUCCUAAUUCAUUGAACUGCUUGUAUCCUUCUUUGGACACGAGUUCUUUCCUGAAGUGGCUGCCUGUUGUUGCUGGAGUUAUUUCUACAAUAUCCGCCUGGUUUCCUAACAUGCGCCAUGGAAUCGGAUACCAUCACAAUUCAAAUUCAAGUGACUAUACUUUGCUCAAGUAA